CAGUUUCAGGAUUUGAGAAAACACAUCCGAGCCAACAUGGACACCGGUGGUUUGAUCCGGCCUUGUCUCCUUGUUAUCUCCAUUUAUGUGUGUGUUGUUUCUGGAAGUCCUUUAGUUACUACAAUCAUAAAUUGUGAUAGCGGUAACCAUAGAGAUUUGGAUCCAGUGGAUGAAGGAUAUAUGGGGGAUGUAGAGUUGGUGACUGGGAUCAAUUCAGGAAUGAAUGUGAAGCUGGUGCCCUACCUCUUCCCAACUAAUCUGGAGUUUCUAGAACUAAUCUUCACACUCGGAGAUACCAGCGCAAUUGUUCGCACCAAAAAGGCGCUCGACGCAGAGGCAGAGGGUGUGAGUGCCAGCACCUUGUAUUACUCUGUCAUGUGUGACGGUCCAAUUAAGGUGGGUACAAUGUUAAAGUUGCAGUAUUCACUAAUGUUACAAAACAAAAUAUUUCAAAUGAUGUUUUUACUUUUGCAGUACAACAACACUCGGUCACUGAAACUCAAUGACAUAAAUGACCACGCCCCUGUAUUUUCAAAGGAGUUAUAUACAACUACUGUCUCUGAGGCAGUUGCUGUGGGCGAGAGGGUUCUUCAAGUGACAGCUGUGGAUGGGGACAGCACUCCAGAAAACAACAGACUGACAUACGCCAUACUUGACCCAGCUUCAGGGGACUUUGGGGUGGACAACUCAGGGGCUAUUAUUUUGAGGAAGCGUCUGAACUACAAUGCAGUCAAAAAGUACAACUUUGUUGUGAAAGCCAGCGACAACUCGGGGUUAAAUGACGUAACUAAUGUGGAGAUUGAUGUAGAGGACUUUGACAACUUGAAUCCAUAUUUCAGCCACACCACAUACCAGGCCUUCAUUCCAGAGAAUCAGGCUGGGUCUUUCCCGAUCAUUGAGCCAGAGGCGAUAAAGGCUCAGGACGGAGACACUGGAAUCAAUAUGACUUUAAUUUACAGCAUUAGUUCAGUGUCUCCAGGCAAGUAUCGGACAAACUUUGACAUUGACCCCACCAGUGGAGUUCUGUCUGUGCUGACUGCCAUCGACAGAGAGGAAAUGAGCACCAGCGUGAUCUCUGUCAACAUCAUGGCGUCCCAGACAGAUGACAGUUCAAAGACAGCUAAUGCUGUGGUAUCUGUCACUGUUGAGGAUGUGAAUGAUAAUGCUCCAGAGUUUGACCAGCCUGAGUACUCUGUAAAUCUUCUGGAAAAUUCUCCUGUUGAUGCUGUUGUGUUCAAAGCUAUCGUCACCGACCUGGACCAGGGAGGAUUUGUGGGAACUUUGCAGAUCCUUCCAGAAUCUGUACCUUUCUCUAUCAGUUCUGAUGGGACGGUCAAAGUUAAGAACUCCACAGCUCUGGACAGAGAGACCAUAGAAAGAAUCACAUUUCAGAUUCAAGCAACAGAGAAGAAUCCACCUCAUGCUUUAGCAAUGGCGCAAGUCACUGUAACUCUCCAGGAUGAGAAUGACAACAGUCCUGCAUUCACCAGUGACAUACCGUACGAGGGAAAAGUGUUUGCAAAUCAAACAGUGGGAAUGUUGCUGGUCCAGGUUAAAGCAGAAGAUCCAGAUGCUGACAGAAAUGGGCAGAUCACAUACUUUAUUGAGUUUGGGAAUAAUGACGGCUACUUCUCAAUGGAAGAAAACACUGGAAAGAUCACGUUGGCUAAAACCAUUACCCUGGUGGAAAACAAGAUUUUGGAGUUCCCUCUCUACGUAACAGCCAAAGAUGGGGGCAGCAUACCCCGGUCCACCUCAGCACUAGUGAACAUUCGUGCUCCUGGCAACUCAAAACCUCAGUUUCUACAAGAAGUCUAUCGUGGCACUGUAGAAGAGGAGCGUGACCCAGGAGUUGUGAUUCUCAGGGUUAACUUCUACGCAAUACCUGAUGAGAGACCUGUGACACUUCGAGUUGAUACAGAAAAUGAUAAGUUUGCCAUCUCUCACGAUGGUGAAUUCACCACUAAAGUGAAGCUUGACUAUGAUGAAGCCCCACACAACUACUCAGUGACCAUCACCAUCUCUGACGGGGUCAACAGUAACAGUGCAACCGUGGAGGUUCAAGUCACUGACAUCAAUGAUAAUAGUCCUGUCUUUGCCUCCAGCUCUGUCACAAAAUCAGUCCCAGAGGACAAAGAGAUAGGAUCCAAUGUUACUGAUGUUCCAGCUACAGAUAAAGACAGCAGCUUCAACAAGGAGAUUAGGUACUCGUUGAGGGGAGGAGAGGGAAAGUUUGCUAUUGAUCCUUUGUCUGGCAUGGUGACUGUGGCUGGUGCACUUGAUAGGGAGACCAAGACAGAGUACAACCUGCUGGUGGUGGCUGAAGAUCAGGGUCGUCCAGCCAGGUCGGCCACAGCCUCCCUGCUGGUCGAAGUGUCUGACGUCAACGAUAACAUUCCUAAGUUGUCAAAGUCUGAGUAUCAGGUUGAAGUCUAUGAAACAGAAUCAGUGGAUACAGUCUUGCUCACCUUAUCAGCUGAAGACCCAGAUGAAGGAGCUAAUGGGAGAGUCACUUACAAUAUUUUUGAGCAAAGUCCUCCAUCAGACCCCGCUGUUUUUAAGUUGGAUUCUUCCAGUGGGACUUUGCAGCUGGCCAGGACUCUGGAAAACAGUGAGGUGAAGAUGUACAGUCUAAUAGUUCAGGCCUCUGAUGGGGGGAGUCCCUCUCUGGUUGGGAAUGGCUCUGUGGUGGUGACGGUGAAGGACGUGAACAACAACCCACCUGAGUUCAGUAAGGAAAACUACAAUGUUGCCGUGUCUGAGAACUUGGCCAGCGGUGCGUCCAUCCUGACCCUGGAGGUCACUGACAGGGAUGAGGGUGGAUUCUCCAAUGGUUUCUUUGUCUAUACCAGUGAUACCUUUGACAUCAGCAAUAAAGGUGUGGUCUCACUGAAGAAGGACGUCACCUUAGACAGAGAGAAAAAGGACAACUAUAUAUUACAGGUGGUGGCGGUGGAUCAGGUCCCUGAUGGUCUGAAUUCCACAGCUCAGCUCAACAUCACCAUCCUGGACUACAACGACAACGCCCCAAAGUUUCCAGCUAUCCCGGACCCCCUAGAGAUCCCUGAAGGUGAAUACUCAGAGGAAACUCCAGGAGAAAUUGCCACCAUCAUACCCACAGACCCUGACCUCGGCCUCAAUGGAGAGGUCACACUGUCACUCUCCUCCCCAAACCCACUCUUCAAAUUCAAUGAAGAUGGGAUGUUGCUCGCUGUUGGCUCUCUGGACCGAGAGAGUAGGGACACUUAUGAGCUGAUCAUUAAGGCCUCAGACAAAGGCAGCCCGCAGAGAGAGAACAUCACCACCAUCAGAGUGAAAGUCAUCGAUGUCAAUGACAACAGACCUGAGUUCAGCUCCAGCAGCUACGUCAGCAGCAUUCUGCUGAAAGACGCAGAGAAAGGGAAGCUGCUGCUGACACUGACAGCCACCGACAGAGAUGAAGGGAAGAACGCGCUCAUCACCUACAGUUUCUCUGCAGGGAGUUCUCCAUAUUUGGCCUUAAACAGUGAAACUGGGGCAGUGAACUUGACCUCUGACCUUGCUGAUGUCACAGAGGACACCACUCUGGUGUUGACAGCCAUGGCCAAAGACCACGGCACGCCUCCUCUGAACUCCACAGUCCGUGUCGUGGUCAAUCUGAGGGUUAGCAGUCUGGUGGAGAGCGUGGCCUUCCGGAACCCAACCUACAACUUCAGCCUACCUGAGAACCAGCCGGUGGGGGUGACGGUGGGGAGCGUCUGGGCCUCCUCAGGAAGUGACCUUUAUGACGUCGCCUACACACUGAAAACACACACUGACCUGUUCUCUGUCAGCGCCAGUGGAGCCAUCCAGACCAGAACACAGCUGGACAAAGAAGAGCAGGAGUGGUACAUCUUGGACGUGGAAGCAGUGGAUACAAGGGACCCCCCUACAUCAGCUGUUGCAAUAGUCACAGUUCAGGUAGAGGACGUGAACGAGACUCCGCAGUUUCCCCCCGAGACUUAUAAAGCCUCUGUGUUCAGCAUCGCUCCGUAUAGAACUCCUGUCAUCCAGGUCAAGGCUUCAGACCCUGAUGUGGGUGAAGAGGGUCAGCUGGUCUACAGCCUGGCUGCAGACAGUCCUCAUUUGAUGUAGAACCAUCCUCGGUCUUGUGUACGUGGUGUCAG